AUUUACGGAUCACCCAGAAUUCUCUCCGAAUCUCCCUCCACCUAUAAAUACCAAAACUUUCAACCCAUUUGAGCAGAAAACGCAUAUUCCGUAUUUAUCUGAAACCCUGACCACAAAUCAACCUUCAUUGUAUGGCAAUUAGCUUUUUCGCAACCGAAAUAUCCGAUCUGUGCCUUGGAAAGCCGCCGUUAAGGCCGUUACCAACCACCGCUACCGUCGCUGACGCCGUGAUCUCACUGAAACAAUCAGGCGAGAUCUAUGUAAGUGUAUGGAGCUGUGAUUGUUGUCGAUGUGUUGGCAAGAUCUCUAUGGUUGAUGUCAUUCUUCAUCUCUGUAAAGAGGAGAAUCUCUUGAAUCCGUUAGAUGCCCUUCAAGCAAACGUUCUGGUUUUGAUUCCCAAGGUGAAAUCGCAAAUUAGGCAUAUGGAACCGAAUUCGAGUCUGUUGGAGGCAAUAGAUUGCAUACUUGAAGGGGCUCAAAAUUUGGUUAUACCAAUAUACAAUAACUCAAGAAAAAACCAACAGUUUUGUUGGCUAACACAAGAAGACGUCGUUCGGUACCUCCUGAACUCGAUCGGUAUCUUCUCCCCUAUACCCACAUUCACUAUUGAAGCUUUAGACAUAAUCGAAAAGUCAACGCUCACGGUCAACUACAAUGACCCUGCAAUUACUACAUUACCCCUGAUUUCAUGCUCAUUAUUAGACCAAACCUCUAUAGGUGUCGUUAACAAAGAUAACCGUUUAAUAGGUGAAAUUUCCCCUUUUACCCUUGCUUGUUGUGACGAAACUGUCGCGGCAGCAAUAGCUACCCUCUCAGCCGGGGAUCUAAUGGCCUAUAUUGACUGCUCUGGCCCGUCAGACGAUUUGGUCAACUUGGUCAAAAUGAGGUUACAAGAAAGAAACUUGACCUCAAUGUUGGAUCUUAUGGAUGACUACUAUAACCCAUUAUCUUCAUCAUCGUCUUCGUGUUGCUCGUCAGAUGAAGAAUCCGGGUCUGUUAAAAAUGGUUGUGUGGGGCGGUUUUAUCCUGGGAGGCGGUCUGAGGCGAUUGUUUGCCAUCCAUGGAACUCAUUGAUCGCGGUUAUGGUUCAGAUGAUAGCGCUUCGUGUUAGUUAUGCUUGGGUGGUUCAACAGGAUUAUACCUUGGUAGGGAUUGUGACGUAUGCAGAGAUUUUGAAGCAAUUUCGGAGCAUCGCUGGCACCCGUAGUAGUAAUAAUAAUAAUUUGAUUUAGUAACAAAAGUUGUAACAUUUUUCUAAGAUGUAGCAUUGUUUGUAGUACUUUGAUAUCAUGUUAGUUUGAACCUUAUUUGUUGUAAGUUGUAACAUCAACUUAUGGAGUACUUGAAAGGAAAUUUUGGUUUCA